AUGUUGUGGAUCAGCAGCCAAGACCCCCCAGCCAACACCCAGGACCAGUACUGUCGACCAACCGAAGACCUUGACCAGCAGAGCCAGGAACCCGGCCAAGGCUGCCGUACCCAAGGGCCGUCCCCGCAAGCAUCCAGACCUCAGCGGGCCCCCGUUGUGCUCCAGAACACAGCCGGCAGACCCAGCCCGGUCGCACGGCAGCAGACUCCAGCGCGGCCCGCACUCGCCUCCACGCCCAAUCAGCAACGGGCACCAGCCGGGAACGUCGUGAAGGCGGCGGCCGUUAAGGCUCCGGACAGCGAUGACGACGACUGGUCUGAGGUUAGCGUGCUGCAAGAGAUCGACCCCAAGCGGCUACAGUCUUAUGAGGACCGGAACGGCAGCACGGACAAGAGACCCGCGGUGAAACAGGCCACGGUGCGGGAGUUGGCUGUGAAAGUGGAGAACAAGCUGGCGGAGAGAGGCGGGCGACGGCCAGCAGGGGGCGUGAACGUCGCACCGAAGAGUACAAAGAAAACAGAGGAGGAGGAUGUAGUUCAGGAGCUACUGUACACAGAUCUAGAGGAGAGCAGUGAUUGGGCGGUGUCGUCCCUGGAGGAGCCGGGUCACAUCCUGGCUCUCCCCAAGUCGGGCCCCAAGGGGCCCCCACCGACCAGGAAGAGUCUGGACUCGUCCAGCACUAGCGUCUGGGGAACCUCCACGGGCAAGGGACAGAAAUCCGGAGUGACGGACACCGCGGGGGCCGGCAGCACGCUGAAGAGCAGCCUGAUCUCACUCAGCGACUUCAGCGACUCAGAAGACAUUUAGCAUUGCACACCCUACUGUUCUGACCCCACAUGAACCCUGGAAUGUCUUUGAUGACCCCUUUAUAUAUGAUUUAUGAGAUUAUUUUACCCUAUAGGUACUGCUUUUAUAGUGUCCGAUUUAUAUGUGACAGAAUCUUUUUUGUAGAUUUUUGUUGAUUAUUUUCUCCUUUAUACAUUCAUACAAGCAAUAAA